AUGGCGAACCGCUGCGUCGAACUUGACCAACAAUGCCACUAUGCCCGAUCGCGCCGGGGCGGGCUGGGUCGUGUAGCUCUGGAAGAGCGGCGCAGGAAAUUUGCUGCUACAGAGAAUACAGGGCUCGUGUGUUCGUCAAGUCCGCAGGAAUCGGCGAAUGGCCAGAUUGGUCAGGAAGUGAUCGGGGAGAAGCUUCCUGAUAGUUCCCGCCAGCUUCAAGGUCCUGUGCCUUCGUCGCUGGAGCUUCAGCUUGAUAUCGACGAUGUUCAAAAUGACUCGUUGAUUGGUGCUUACUAUGACAACUUUCACAAAUUGCACCCCUUUCUACUGCCGCGGAAGCACUUCACGCGAGUAUAUCAAGAUCCAAGCAGACCAUUGGCCUUCCGACCGCUCAUCGCAGUCAUGCGUCUUGUUGGACAUAUUUAUGAUGCACGAGGAUGGUCCGUUGAGCUAGAGCAUCACGUAAAGGCCAGCUUCUCGCAAGUACCCCCAACAGAUCCUGUGAUGGUCCAGUGCCGACUUCUAUAUUCCAUAGCACUAUUUUGGUAUGAACGCAGAGCCGACGCGCAAUUGCAAGUGGACUCUGCUAUGUGGCUAGCCACUGAAUGUAAGUUAUUCGAGCAGGACUUUGCAUCGAAACACGGGGCCGAUGAUCCCGUGAUGCAGGAAUGCUGGAGACGGACGUGGUGGAUGCUCUAUGUUGUGGAUGCAUAUUAUGCAGGGACUUUAGGGACUAUGAAUUUCAAGGCCUUUACUAUUGAUUCUACAGCCGAAUUGCCCUGCGAAGAAUCGGAAUACGAGUCCGGGGACAUUCCAAAGCCUAAGACUCUAGACGAGUUCGACAGCCGUGAAUUUGCACCGGAUGAUAUCGUCUUCUCCUCGUUUGCAUAUUUGAUCGGUGCCGUGCGAUGUACGGCCUUAGCAAUUUCCACAGUACCAAAAGCCGCGAGCAAAAGCGAUGCGAUACAGGCAAUCCAAGCCGCAGACUCGGCCCUGAACGGGUGGCUACUCCUACUGCCCAAGACGCAAAAGCAAGUAAUGGGCAAAGCUGGAGAAAUCGAUGAGAUGAUGUUCCAGGCACACCUCCUCAUACACGUCGCCACGAUUGGUUUACACCGGCCGUUUUCAGAUCUGAAGUUUAGCCGCGCAGAAGGGAUUUCGAGCUGUGCGCGCGAACCGCCCCUCGAUAGUCCAACACCAGAUCACACGAACGUGCAUACAAUUCGAGUCCUCCAGUCCGCAGAGGCACAGAUCGGGCUUCUGGCAUUAACCGCUCUGCGCUUUCACCAUACCCCAUUCAUGACUUGUAUGAUCAGCGAGGGAACACUGGCAUUGCUUGCUGCUUGUACCUUUCGACUGGUAGGGAAGGAUUUGGCAAUUGCCAGAGAGCAGAUUCGAAUGACUAUUGGGUGUCUGAAAGCAUUAGGAGAGAUAUGGCCAAGAACUGCUAGAAAUUUGCGAGAGAUCCAAACAAUUGCUCAUCAUGUACUUGGGCUUGGGUCUAGAAGUUCGAGCGACAGUGGUGGAACCAGGUCGACUGGUGUGCCAGAUCUAUCUGGUGGGGAAGGGCAGGCAAGUGUUGAAUCGGAAUUCGAGAUAUCGAGCAGUAACUUGGACAUGUCACCGUCCUUGGCUUUUAUUGAUGAUCUUUGUGGGUGGUACGAUUUCGGAGGCCUUGAUCCUGGUCUUUCUUGA